UGAAGCAGGGAACGAGUACUUUCAACUACACUUCAUCGCCACUGAUGGCUGAGGCUCUCGCCGUCAGAACAGCUCUCCUCAACGCCCUCGAAGUGGGCUAUACCAGAAUCUGUAUUAAAUCAGAUUGUCUAGCACUUGUUGCUAUUAUCUCCUCGAAACAACACCCGGCGGAUCUCCACGGAAUCACUCGGGAUAUCGAGCAUUUAUCUCUCUCCUUUGAUUGUAUCUCCUUUGUUUUCAUUUCCAGAAACUUGAACUCGGCUGCUGAUGCCCUUGUGAAAUCAUCUCUGUACUCUGCUCCCACCAACUAGUUUGGUUGGUUUUGGUUUUAUCUAUAUUAUUCAGUAUUCAAGAAAAAAAAACCGUUUUUCAUUCACUAUCUUGCAUCUUUUGUUAAAUUCUUACAGGACGUUCUCAGAAUAUUCCUUAAGCGGAGGUGGACAUAAAGUUCCCAUGAUCCCAUAUUUCAUAGACUCAGCAACUGAUACAAACAUUAUAAAUCAAUGACUCCAAAAAUGCAACCUCACUGUUUACAUGUACCCACUUCCAAAUCAUUUCAAAUCAUAACCCCACAUUCAUUAGUAUCAAAGACAAAACGGAUUGAUGUUCCUGUAUUACAUGUUAUGUGUGUAUAGUAACUUCCAAGUUUUUUGAUGGCAAAAGGAUAGAUAUUUGAUAUUUCCGUAAUAGAAGGUUUCUGAGGAGGUUGAUACAACAUCAAUGUUGUUUUAUCAAUGAAAUCUCCUCGAGUCUUUAUGUUUUUCUUUUGUUCAAUGUAAUAUCAAAGUAGCAGUUUAGAACUAUAGUUUCAUUUUCGAAAAGCGUUGUUUUUUUUUUGAAAAUUAAAAAUGCGUUAGUCUGCUGCAUAAUUAGUAGUAUAUCGUUAGUGGUUUUUCUCUGUGAUUUCAGUCGUAAAUAGAAGGGGAUAGAAUAUAGCUAAUAUUUGAGAAAAUGUUAAAUACGAAACACGUUUUCAAAACAUAAAUAUCUGAUUUAAACAAAAAAAAACAUAAAUAAGUGAUAGAAACAAAUAGAAAUACAGAUUAGUGUUAAGUUGUCAGAUUUCUCUAAAGAAUUUAUCAAAUAUUAUAACUGUAUGUACUAAACAUAAAUAUCAUAAUGAAAUAUGCAUGUGAUGAAAUAAAAUUAUCAACAACCAUAAGAGAAAGGCAUAAUAAAGAAUACCUAACUAUAUACACGCCCCACAAAUAAAGGCACUGAUAUUUAAUUGUUAAAACAAGUAAAAGCAAAAGCUCCUGUAGCACGUCCAUUUUGGGUGCAUAAAACUUUAACCAUCACUAACCUCACUCUUCUUAUAAAUAAGACAAUUCUCCUCGUCGAUGUUAUAUGAGAAAUUACAAGAAAAAAAAAAUAAGAUGGCGUCUCGAGAGAAAACCGAGUCAGUUUCAUCUAAAUCGAGUUGUAACAUACAUGUAAUAUUUCGGUUCGCAGAUUGGAUAGAUAUAGUUCUGAUGGUACUUGGUACGGUGGGAGCCAUUGGAGAUGGCAUGUCCACGAAUGUGGCGUUAGUGUUCGCAAGCAAGAUCAUGAAUAGCUUGGGCUACGGUCAAAACAAUCAUCAUACUUUCAAGGACGAGGUUCAGAAGUGCAGCUUAUACUUUGUAUACUUGGGACUGGCUAUCCUGGGAGUGGCAUUUAUGGGUAAUAUCAAAAUAGUUGCUCUACAAAUUAGUUUUUUUUUUUUUGUCGACAGUUCUCUACAAAUAAGUUCUCAAAGAAAAUAUGUUAAAAUGUAUUCUUUGGGUGCAGAGGGGUAUUGUUGGAGCAAAACAAGCGAGAGACAAGUUGAGAAGAUUCGUCGAACAUAUCUUAAAGCUGUUCUCCGACAAGAAGUUUCUUUCUUUGAAUCAGAAGAUGCUUCCAUUUCUGAAAUUAUUCACACCAUUUCCACUGACACUUCUCUCAUCCAACAACUUCUUAGUGAAAAGGUGCCCAUAUUCUUGAUGCACACAUCAGUUUUCAUUACAGGCCUUGUGUUUGCGGCAUACUUCUCAUGGAGAUUAACCCUAGUAGCCAUCCCAUCACUUGUUCUUCUUCUAAUCCCAGGGUUGAUCUAUGGCAAAUACCUUGUUUAUUUGUCUAAGAAGUCCUACAAGGAAUACGCCAAAGCAAACUCAAUCGUGGAACAAGCUCUAAGCUCCAUCAAGACUAUUCUAUCAUUCACGGCUGAGACUCAAAUCAUCAAGAGCUACUCAGAGAUCUUGGAAAGACACAAGAAGCUUGGGCUAAAGCAAGGUCUGGCCAAAGGUUUAGCCGUGGGAAGCACAGGGAUCUCUUUCACCAUAUGGGCUUUUCUUGCGUGGUACGGAAGCAGGUUGGUGAUGCACAAACAAGAAACCGGUGGACGCAUUUACGCAGCUGGUAUCUCUUUCAUCUUGAGUGGCCUUUCUCUAGGGACGGCACUUACUGAGAUCAGAUAUUUCUCUGAGGCUUCAGUUGCAGCAGCUAGAAUAUGUUCAAGGAUUGAUAGAGUUCCAGACAUAGAUGGUGAAGAUACGACUAAAGGGUUCAUACCAAAUGCAAAGAUCGAGGGAAGAGUAGAGUUUGAGCAUGUAACCUUUACAUAUCCUUCUCGUCAAAAAUCUAUUAUUCUCAGGGACUUCAAUCUGAGAGCAGAUGCUGGUAAAACUGUAGCUCUUAUGGGAGCUAGUGGAAGUGGUAAGUCGACAGUGAUCGCAUUGCUGCAACGUUUCUAUGAUCCAGCAGAAGGGUUUGUGAGGAUAGAUGGGUUUGACAUAAAGACUCUUCAGUUAAAAUGGAUGAGAGAACAAAUUGGUGUUGUGAGUCAAGACCAUGCUUUGUUUGGGACCUCCAUCAAGGAAAAUAUUAUGUUUGGGAAAGAUAAUGCAUCUAUGGAUGAAGUCAUUUCAGCUGCGAAGGCUGCAAAUGCGGAUGAAUUUAUUACACAACUCCCAGAUGGUUAUGAUACACAGAUAGGUGAUCGUGGGGGGCUUUUAUCAGGAGGUCAGAAGCAACGGAUUGCAAUUGCACGUGCGAUCAUUAGAAAUCCAGUGAUUUUACUUUUAGAUGAAGCAACAAGUGCACUAGAUGCAGAAUCUGAAACAUUGAUUCAAGUUUCACUUGAUCAAGUAGCCGCCGGACGAACCACGCUGGUGGUGGCCCAUAAGCUUUCAACAGUUAGAGGAGCGGAUCUCAUUGCUGUGCUAGAAAACGGUUCCGUUAAAGAAAUGGGUUCUCAUGAAGAUUUGAUGACCAAGAACAACCAUUAUGCAAAACUCAUAAACAUUCAAAGACAAUUCAGCAGCCAAGAACAUCGACAAGAUCUUCAAGAUGGGUCCAAAACUCCUGAGGGAAGACAAUACUGGUCAGCCAGGAACAGUUUCAGUAGGCUAAGCAUAAGGUCUACACCAGAUCUCAUUGCUUCUCCUAUCCCUUUCGAGAGCAUUCACUCAGCAGAACCUGAUGAUAACCUCCCUUCCACUUCUUUCACUAGACUUCUUCCUUUGGUCUCCCCUGAGUGGAAGUCAUCUCUCCUCGGUUGCAUCUCAGCUGCAACAUUUGGUGCAAUCCAACCCAUUUACGCCUUAAACAUUGGCGGUAUGAUCUCUGCUUUUUUCGCCACAAGCUCAAAGCAAAUGCAGGACAGGAUCCGGAUUUACUCCUUAAUCUUUAUCUCCCUCACCUUUAUCUCCAUGACCCUUAACCUCAUUCAGCAUUACAGCUUUGCCAAGAUGGGUGAAAGGCUGAUGCAAAGACUUCGUUUGAGGAUGCUUGAAAAGAUUUUCACCUUUGAACCGGCCUGGUUUGAUGUGGAAGAGAACUCUAGCGGUGAGCUUUGUUCAAGGCUUAGUAAUGAAGCAUCCACUGUGAAGUCCAUAGUAUCAGACAGAAUCUCCUUGCUCGUCCAGACCAUUUCAGGUGUCCUAAUAGCCAUGGUGAUAGGUCUACUAGUUGCAUGGAAACUCGCGUUGGUCAUGAUAGCUGUCCAGCCUCUCUCCGUCUUUUGCUUCUACACAAAGAAAGUUUUGCUCACCAGCAUUUCCCAUAACUACGCCUAUGCGCAAAACCGUAGCUCAAACAUUGCAUCAGAAGCUGUUUACAACCACAAGAUUGUUACAUCUUUAGGGUCAACGAAAAAGAUUAUAGAAAUAUUUGAUAAGGCUCAAGAUGAGGCUAGAAGAAAGGGUAAGAAGGCAGCAUGGCUUGCAGGGUUUGGGAUGGGAUCGGCUCAGUGCCUAACCUUCAUGACAUGGGCGUUAGACUUUUGGUAUGGAGGAGUGUUGGUUGAAAAGGGAGAGAUCUCUGCCGGGGAUGUUUUCAAGACAUUCUUUGUUUUGGUUAGUACCGGUAAGGUUAUUGCGGAAGCAGGAAGCAUGACUUCGGACCUUGCCAAGGGCUCAGCCGCCAUUUCUUCCGUCUUCAAAAUACUUGACCGUCCUUCAUCUCAAGACAAUACAACACAUGGAGCAAAGAUUGAUGCAAUUACCGGGAGAAUAGAGCUAAAGAAGGUUGAUUUCUCUUAUCCAAACCGGCCUAGUAUUCCAGUGCUCCAACAGUUUUCCUUAGACAUCAAGCCUGGGACUAGCAUUGGAUUGGUCGGUACAUCAGGGUGCGGGAAAUCAACAGUGAUUGCUUUGAUCCAACGCUUCUAUGACGUGGAAAAGGGAUGUGUGAAAAUAGACGGUGUAGAUCUGAGAGAAAUAGAUAUAAAAUGGUAUAGGAAACAUACUGCACUAGUGAGCCAAGAGCCAGUUGUUUAUUCAGGAAGUAUCCGAGAGAAUAUUUUGCUUGGACGGCCCGAAGCGGCUGAGGAUGAGGUUAUGGAGGCUGCUAAAGCCGCCAAUGCUCAUGAUUUCAUCUCGGCAAUGGAGGAAGGAUAUGAAACGGAGUGUGGAGAAAGAGGAGUGCAACUUUCAGGUGGUCAAAAGCAGAGGCUAGCUAUCGCUAGAGCCUUUCUUAGAAACCCUGUGAUACUUCUACUUGACGAGGUUACGAGUUCCCUAGACUCUGACUCAGAGCAGGCUGUUCAGGAGGCUCUGGCUAGGAUCAUGGCUAGCCGGAAGAUGACAACUGUAGUUGUGGCUCACCGCCUCAACACCCUGAAGAAACUGGACCGCAUUGCGGUAAUAGCAGAUGGAACCGUAGUGGAGACAGGGAGCUACGACCGCUUGAAGAACAUGGGAGGCCAGUUCUCUAGACUUCUUCAAGCUCAUGAUCUCAAAUCUUGAAGAACUUUCUUCAGAAGAAAGCCAAGAAUCGACCGAAUAAGAAAAGUAUCGACUAAAUAAAGUUAUGUUGUAGUGUUUAAUAUGAAAUUAAAUACUAAAUGUGUCAUAAUAUCCAAUAACUUAUACAAAAAAUCAUUGUAUAACCUCGAAAAAAAUGGAAAUUGUGUAUAAAAUGACUAAAUAAUUGUAAGAUUAAAGUUAUAUUAUAGUUCAUCUUUCGGAAUAAGUAUAUUGUAUAAUGUAAAACGUUAAUAUUUUUGGAAGAAAACUGUUGUAUGUUUACAUAAAAAAAAAUAUCUAUAUUAAGAUAGAUGUUAACGCAUAUGUUGUAUGUUUACAUACAAUUAAGGUAAUACAUAGAAAUUUUGAGGCCAACCCUGCCACAUAUGUUGUAUGUUUACGCAAUU